ACUCGCUCUCCCACCCUGCUCUCACCUCCGCCGUCACCUCACCGCAACGCAAUGUCCGCCUCGUCGCUCUCCGCCCUCGCGUGCCUUGCGCUCAACGUCACGGCGGCCUGCCACCUGCUCCUCCUGCCCUCUCGCCGCCCCAGUGCCCCCGCGCACUGCCGGACGCCCACAGCCGAGCAAUUAGACGAGGCGAAUGAAUGCGCGUCGCUUGACUUGGGAGGGGAAUUCUGCUCAGGCCUGAGCGUCGCAGGCGCUGUGCGAUGGCCGUGCUCGUCGCAGCAUCGUCGCCAUGCGACAGCCGGCGUGCAUGUGACCGCGGCGAGCAUGGCGGCGCACUGCGGCGCCUCACGUGGCGACGCUGACAGUCGCCCGUGGUAGGAGCUCUGCGCCCGUCGCUCCCCACUC